CGACCAAUCAACCCUCACGUACUUCCUAUCCUAUAUAUCGGCCCGCCGAUCCCGCUGCCUUAACUUGCAUAUUUUCUUGACACUUGACAGCCACCACACACUAGAGAGAGAGAAGGAGAACGCGCGUCGUAUAUGGGUCAAGAAGAGGCCGUGGCAGCGAACGGCACCGGCACCGGCGUCGGCCGCGGCAGGCCGCACGCCGUGGUGAUGCCGUACCCGCUGCAGGGCCACGUGAUCCCGGCGGUGCACCUGGCGCUGCGGCUGGCCGAGCGCGGGUUCGCGGUCACCUUCAUCAACACGGAGUCCGUGCACCACCAGAUCGGCGCCGGCGGCGACAUCUUCGCCGGCGUGCGCGCGCGGGGGGGAGGGACGACGACGGAGGAGCUGGACGUGCGGUACGAGCUGGUGAGCGACGGCUUCCCGCUGGGCUUCGACCGGUCGCUGAACCACGACCAGUUCAUGGAGGGCGUCCUGCACGUGCUCCCGGCCCACGUCGAGGACCUCCUCCGCCGCCGCGUCGUCGUGGACCCGGCCACCACGUGCCUCGUCGUCGACACCUUCUUCGUGUGGCCGGCCACGCUGGCCCGGAAGCUGGGCGUCCCGUACGUGUCCUUCUGGACGGAGCCCGCGCUCAUCUUCAACCUCUACUACCACAUGGACCUGCUCACCAAGCACGGCCACUUCAAAUGCAAAGAUCCUCGCAAGGACACGAUCACCUACAUCCCGGGCGUGGCGUCCAUCGAGCCGAGCGAGCUCAUGUCGUACCUUCAGGAUACGGACACCACCUCCGUCGUCCACCGCAUCAUCUUCAGGGCGUUCGACGAGGCCCGCCGCGCCGACUACGUCCUGUGCAACACCGUGGAGGAGCUGGAGCCGUCGACCAUCGCCGCGCUGCGCGCCGACAGGCCCUUCUACGCCGUGGGCCCCAUCUUCCCGGCGGGCUUCGCGCGCAGCGCCGUGGCCACGUCCAUGUGGCCCGAGUCCGACGACUGCUCGCGGUGGCUGGGCGCGCAGCCGCCCGGCUCCGUGCUCUACAUCUCCUUCGGAAGCUACGCGCACGUGACCAAGCAGGAGCUGCGCGAGAUCGCGGGCGGCGUGCUGGCCAGCGGCGCCCGGUUCCUGUGGGUCAUGCGCCCGGACAUCGUCAGCUCCGACGACCCGCGCCCGCUGCCCGAGGGCUUCGCCGAGGCCGCGGCCGCCGCGGGCCGCGGCCUCGUCGUCCAGUGGUGCUGCCAGGUGGAGGUGCUCUCCCACCCCGCCGUCGCCGCCUUCCUCACGCACUGCGGCUGGAACUCCGUCCUGGAGAGCGUCUGGGCGGGGGUGCCCAUGCUCUGCUUCCCGCUGCUCACGGACCAGCUCACCAACCGCCGCCUCGUCGUGCGGGAGUGGGGCGCCGGCGUCUCCAUCGGGGACCGCGGCGCGGUGCACGCCGACGAGGUCAGGGCGCGGAUUCAAGGGAUCAUGGCCGGGGAACACGGCCUCAAGCUCAGGGACCAGGUCAGGAAGCUGAGGGCCACACUCGAGGCUGCCGUGGCGCCCGGUGGCUCGUCGCGGCGCAACUUCGACGACUUCGUCGACGAGCUCAAGCGAAAGCUCAAGGACGCCAGCUGAGCUGGCCCCAGAAUACAGCUGCGAUGUAGGCCUUGUAUCCUUAGCGACAGCGUGUAUUGCGUCACAUAAACUUGUCUUGAUCGAAGCGUGUAUGCAGUGUACGGUAGGACAAUAUUGUUCUGCAGGCUUGCUCAAGUGAUAUGUUGUACCUGUGUUACCAAUGUAAACAUGAAUCGUGUCACGAAUUUCAAGUUAGCUUGAUCAGUCUAUAGUUUUACGAAGGGCUCGUUUGGUAAA